AUGGAUGUCUAUGGGACCAUCGUCGUCAUGUUCUCUGUCGUCUGGAUCGUCGUCUUUGGCGGCAUGAACUCUGCAGGCGCUGACAUUGAGGACUCCUUGACCAUCUCCGAGCUCAAGGACCUCUUCUCCAGACUGAUUUUUAUCUUUUACUUUUCCAUCUUCAACAUCGUCAUCGCAGCCUUGUUGUCGUUGGGUCUGUAUGCUUACUGGGCGAUCACACUCGAUGACGAGUCGGGCCAGAUGCGGAAACGGAUGAAGACAAAGUUGACGCAGUUGUUGGGUACUAACCGGUUUGCGAGAGCGUCGGGGCUCACACUUGUGGGCGACCCUGGGCAGGAUGCCGAUGUGAAGGAUGUGAGGCUGAAGAAGGUUGUGGCCAUGAUCAUGUCGACCUGUGGUGGUCUCAUUGCCAGUCAGACCUUGCUCCUCGCCAAGAGUGGCGUCAAGUUGGUGACCUCUUCGUUCUCUGGCCAGAACCAGUUCAAGGAUUCUCUCAGCUAUUUUAUCCUCUUUGUCCUCGUCCUCACCGCCGUCCUCCAGGUGUACUGCUUGAACACGGCGCUGAAGCUGUACGACUCGGUGCUCGUAGUUCCCAUGUUCUACGGGUUCUACACGGCGUUCGGACUCAUCAACUCGAUCAUCUACCUGAACCAGCUCCAAAACUACAAACCCUGGGUCUUGUUCCUCAUCCUCGUUGGCAUCGGUGCCCUCAUCUACGGAGUCCGUAUGCUCAGCACCCCAAAGCCUGAAUCUGCCAAUGACAGCGAGCAGUCAGAUGAUCAGGAUGAAGAGGGUCGUGCUGUAGGACGACGUGGGUCACAGGAGAACGAUGCUGAUGUUCAUGGACAUGAAAUGGGACAUCGUCGCAAAUCGGGAGGUUCAGGAUCUGUCGCUGGAGCUGGAGCUGGAGCUAGAGAGCAUGGCGGUGAUACUGGAGGGAAUGGCGGAUCGAAUGAAAAGUUUCCGGACAACCCUAAUCGACGUGGCUCUUUGAUGAGGAAGCAGAGGGACUCGGAGGGCAAGAGUUACACGGAUGCUCAGGAUGGGGAAGAGUAUGAAGGAGUGGAUGAGUUGCCGUCGAUAUUGACUGGCAACAACCGUCGUAGGAGAGGUGGGCCUGAUGUGCUGGCUGAUAACAUUGGGACAACUACGACCCGACGCGGUACAGGAAUCGACAGCGUGUCGAGCUAUUCCAGCGAUCCUUUCAGGACCCCUCAUGAUGGACGGUCGAUGGCAGAUUUGGAUGUUGCAGCUGCAGCGGCCGCGGCCGCGCUCACAGCAGGAGUCAUGGCAGGAGCACGAGCAGCAGCAAUGGCUAAUGCAGCAGUGGCAGCUGGAAAUGGCGACCCCGAGAAUCAACUACCACCAAUGGCCCCAGCAUAUGCGCAUCUCGACAAGCGGCUCGGUAAUAUUGAUCGCGGACGUACAGGUCGGAGUUCCAUUGAUGAAAGGCGACGACCCUCAUUACCAAUGAUCAAUACUGGAUCUGCACUUGUCGCACGAGGACGGUCUGAGACUCGACGUGGUCCUGCUUCUGCGCGACUUACUACUCAGCCAAGACCCAUGUCCCCGAGCGAGUUCCGAGCACAGUAUACCAAUUCACCCUUCCCUGCCAAGCCCAAGCAUCUCCAAGACGGUGCUCCUGGAUUGGGCGGAUCGAUGCCAUCGUCUCCUUCAGCUGCUGUUCCAGUGGGUGGUGAUGGUGGUCGGCCUUCGUCUCCGCGUUGGGCGACUGUCAUUGAGGAUUUGAAGAACCCGUUCAAGGCAUUCAGGCGUAGUUCUGUCGACAGUAGUAUGCCGCGACCCGAGUCGGCACAUCGACGAGUGCCAUCGUUAGGAGGAGCAGGGCCAGGAUCAGAGGCGUGGAGGCAACACCGUGGGCGACAGGGGUCCUGGACUGGGCUACCGUCAGAGUGGGAAGAGCCCAAGCGGAAGGUGAUGCAUUCGAUGUUGUUUGGUGAGAAUGGGCGGCCGAGUUCUGUGGGCUCCCGGGCAUCCUCAAGGGACUCUUCGCCGGCACCGCGGGAUCGUCUGUACUACUCACCGGUGCAUUCGCGGAGGCAGUCGACGGCUGAGAUGGGUAGUGGGAUAUGGGCUGCUGGUAGCGGUGGUGGUCAUCACAGGGCUGGAGGACCACUCGACGCGAUGCCUUCAAGUGGAGAUGGCAGUCCUGGUGAGCCGCAGAGUUAUCAGAACCAUUAUUUCACAGGAACACCACCACCGCUCUCCGCAACUGUUGGAGGAGGGCCAGGAGGUUGUUCACAGGCCAGUAUCCCCAACACAUCAACAACAUCAUCACAUGGACAUGGACACCAUGGGCGGCAACUUUCGUUUACGACCAAGAGCGAGCAUGGCAUUCCGUUGACACUUACUGGCUCUGGACUUGAUCUAGGGUCGAUGAAUGGGUUGUUACUCUCCAAAAGUGCCCUUGGUUCGUCGUCGACGGACACCUUUGGUGGAAAUCAUUCUAGUGGUGACGGCGGAGGACAUUCGGCAUCGAGUGGUAGCGGAGGUGGAUCUACUUCUGGGUCAGGGUCGAGACUGAGUGCCAGUGCGCAGCAACAACUCCAACACCUCCAACAACACCAACACCACCCAACUUCACAACUCCAACACUCCAUGACGAACAGCAGUAUCAGCACCAUCGGGUCUGGAAUGAUCCCAUCUUCCUUCUCGACGUCCACAUCCUUGGUCCAACUGUCCGCUGCGGAUGCUGAUGCGACACAGACAAGGGACGGGGUUGAACCCAUGGGAGUUGGGAUGCCAGAUUCGUAUGCGAGCUCGAACUCUGUGGCGGGUUUGCUUUGGAAGGGGAUGACGCCUUCUCAGUCGAUGCAAGCGGUGGAGUUGGAUAUGGAGACGCUCGAUCGCGAAGCGGAGGAGUGGAUUAAGGAUACGUCUUGUCCGAUGUCGACGACUACGAGUAUCGCUAUCUCUCCUGUCUCUAGGCAGGAGUAG